GGGGACGCGCCCUAGAGGCGCGGACCAGGCGCAGCUGGCGGUAGACAGGUCUCGGCGCCAGAUCCAGCUUCCUAGAGGAGCCAUGUCUCCUGCAGCUUUGGGUGCCACCUGUUGUGCCAGGCGCACGCCGCUGAACAAGAGGAGAUGCCGUUUGGAUUCUCCGUGAAUGUUCGGAGGAGGAAUACCAGAGGUGCGGCUGAAAACUAUCCAAACAAAAGAAAUAUCCCCAGGAUGGACUUUCUGGUUCUCUUCUUGUUCUACUUGGCUUUUGUGCUGAUUGGUGUUGUUACGAUCUGCAUCUGCUCGAACACCCAUUGCUUGAAAGCCCUGGUCAGAAGAGGAGUACAGAUAAUUUCGUAUAUAAUUCCAGAAUGCCUUCGGAGGGCCAUGCUAAGAUUGCUUCAUUACCUCUUCCAUACACGAAACCACACCUUUGUUAUCCUGCAUCUCAUCUUGCAAGGGAUGGUUUAUACUGAAUACACCUGGGAAAUAUUUGGCCUCUGUCAAGAGCUGGAGUUCUCCUUGAAUUACCUUUUUCUGCCUUAUCUGCUGCUGAUUGUAAACCUGUUUUUUUUUGCCCUAAGUUGUGAAACAAACCCUGGUACCAUAACAAAAGCAAAUGAAUUACUGUUUCUUCAAGUUUAUGAAUUUGAUGAAGGGAUGUUCCCAAAGAACGUGAGGUGUUAUACUUGUGAUUUAAGGAAACCAGCGCGAUCCAAGCACUGCAGUGUGUGUAACCGGUGUGUGCACCGCUUUGACCAUCACUGUGUGUGGGUGAACAACUGCAUCGGGGCCUGGAACAUCAGGUACUUCCUCUUCUACCUGCUGACCUUGACGGCCUCAGCCACCACCAUGGCUGCGGUGAGCACUGUGUUUCUGGUCCAGCUGGUGAUGGCGUCGGACUUGUACCUGGACACUUACGUCGAUGACUUCGGACACUUGCAGGUGGUGGACACUGUCUUUGUUAUUCAGUACCUGUUCCUGACCUUCCCGAGGAUUGUCUUCCUGUUGGGCUUUGUUGUGAUGCUGAGCUUCCUCCUGGGGAGCUACCUGUGCUUCUGUCUGUACCUGGCCGCUACCAACCAGACCACUAACGAGUGGUACAGAGGUGCCCGAGCCUGGUGCCAGCAUUGCCCCCACGUGGCCUGGCCCCCAUCAGCAGAGCCCCAGGUGUACCGGAACAUUCACUCCCGUGGGCUUUGGAGCAACCUUCGUGAGAUCUUUCUACCUGCUGUUGCACGUUGUGAGAGAAAGAAGAAAUAAGAAUGGGAAGAGUGUUACUGCCUUUUAAAUAUAGCAUAUGUUUAUUUGUACCUAUG